AUGGCGGCAAAAGUCACGAAGAAGACAAAGACUGUUGCAACAAAAGGACAAGAUGAAAAUCUCAAGAAAAUGACAGUCAAAGAGCUCAAAGAACGCUUGAACGCGUACGGCUUGGACGCGACCGGUUUGAAACCAGAACUCUUGAAACGACUGGAAACGUUUUUGACGUCCUCGAUGAUGCAAACGACGACAAAUGGGAGUGGUGGUGAUGGUGAUGAUGGCGAAAACGAUUUGAACAUUGAAACGUUGCGAGACGAAGCGAAGAAGAAAGCCGAGGACGCCAUCGCAAAGUUUGAGAUGAAGAACAAGGAAGAAGAUGACGAAGAUGAAAAGCCUCGCAAACGCGUCAUCACGGAGGAAGACCACUUGCCGACAAAUGUGGCGGCGGAGGAGGAGAAGAAGAGUGGUAAAAAAAGAGGACGAGGAGGAGGCGCUUUGGCGUCGGCGUCGUCCUCGAGGAGGAGGAAAGUGAGAACGAUCAGCGAGUCCGACGAGGAAGAGGAAGAAGACCAAGAGGAAGAAGAAGAAGAAGAAGAAGAAGAAGAAGAAGAAGAAGAAGAAGGGAAUGAAAAGAAACGUCGCCGCGAUGGUGGUAAAUCGAAGAAGAGAAGAGGGAAAAAAGAGUACGAAGACGAAGACGAAGAAAAAGCCGUUGAAGUUGAAUACGAAUCGACCAAAUCUAUUCCGUGCGUUGGAAACGAAGGACGAAUCAUCGGCAAAGGCGGCGCUAAGAUUCGCGAGUUGCAAGCGAAGUACGAAGUCGUCAUGCAAUUGAACAGAGAGAACGGAUGCGUGGAAAUCAUGGGCGAUCGAACGAACGUUCUCGAGUGCGAAGUCGAGAUUCUGAGAAUCAUAGAAGAAGGCACGGCGAGGAACGCGGAGAAAGAGAAGCAAUUACAAAACCAAGGACGAGGUGGUCAACAUCAUCAAAGAGGCGAAAGAGGCGGAAGAGGAGAAGAAAAGAGAGGAGGAGGAGACAGAGGAGGAGGAGGACAAGGAAGAGAGGAAAUUCCGUGUGCCGGGAUGGAAGGUCGUAUCAUCGGUAAAGGCGGCGAGACGAUUCGAAGACUCGAAGCGGAUUCCGGCGCGAGAGUGAGAAUCAAUCGCGAACGGUUAGUGUGCGAGAUUUCUGGCGAACCCGGGUGCGUGGAAACGGCCGUUCGGUUGGUGCACGAACUGAUGGCGAGCAGCGGCGCGGAUAGAGGCGGCGGCGGCGGUCAACAAGGAAGACAACAACAACAAAACGUUUACGGAGGACAAGCUUUCGGGCAACAACAACAUCAAAUAUACGGUCAACCCGCCGCCGCCGCCACCACCACCACCACCCAAGUGUAUGGCGCAGCCGCUGCCACGUACGGUCAGCCGGCGGCUUCUUCUCACGUCGCCACAGCCGUUGCUCCCGUCUACGGCCAACAACAACAACAAUAUUCGUACGGUACCCAACAACAAGUGUACGGUCAAGCGACGGCGCCCACUUCGUCCGCCGCUCCCGUCUACGGCCAACAAGUGUACGGUCAACAAGUGCAACAAGUCGCCCCGCCCCCGGUAGCGCGUCAUCAUCCGAUUUCCUCCUUACCCCCCGAUUGGGAAGAAGUCAACCAAGACGGACAAAUUUACUACUGGAACACUCGCACGAAUUUGACCCAAUACGAGAGACCCGUUUAA